AACACCAGGCAGCACAGGCAGCAGGUGAAAAUAAACAUGGCGCAGCUAGGAGCAGCAAACGCAGGGCACGGCUCGCGGAAAAACUGAGCUACAGGCCCGACGGCAGCUUCGUUCGCCCUCCCGAGCGGACGCAUCUUCAGCCUGAAUGACAGGGUGACCGUUCUGUCCGAAAUGGAAAACGCAGCUGGAGUUUCGCAAAAUAUCAUUUCAUCCAGGCGAAGGUUUCACCUGAGUUUUUCGAUUUCUUCGGUGAUUUUUUUGUUGUGGCUCAUCUUGACUGGAAUAAGCAUUGCUGCCAUUGUGAUCAUUUUAGUCCAGCCUUCCCAUGCGCCAGACUUCAGGACUCCUUACAUGGGUUUUGAAACGAGAUGCACCGUUCUCUCCGGCCGCUCGAACGUCCUGUCGAAUCUUGCCGAUGCUUCCAAGCCUGCAGGAUUCAUGACAAGCAACCCUGAAGGAAAAAGACUUCAAAUCCAGCAAGGACGUAUGCACCAGCAGAGACUGGAGUCUUGGCAGCAGUCUCUGUUCAAAGACAACUGGAAUGAGCUGCCAAAAGUGCACACUCAUUCGGUAUUUGUCAACUCCAACAGCACCGUUGUCAACCCGGCGCCGUUGCUGCCUCAGAAGGAAAUGAAAAACGAAACUUAUUCCGUGAGAAACUACUCCAUCUCACAUGUUUUACCAUCAGACUCAAGUGUGCUGCAGUCGGACGCUUCGAUUACCAAAGAUAGUGAUGUUGGACACGUUACCAUGAAGGAAUAUGACGAUGAAGACAAUGACGAGCACUACGGGACAGUGCACAACCACGCUCACAAAAAAUCCCUCUUCUGUGGACAACCAACGAUGUCACAUGCUCGAAUCAUUAUUUCGCACUCGCUGGAGGGUCAGACCCUUUGGAAGCUGGAUGUGGUGAAGGAGUUGUGCAGGUUGGAAAAAGAAAUUGAGCACUUGUACUCAGACAUCUGCGAAAACAUGGAUCCUGGCAAGUGCUGCCCCAUGUGGAGUCUCACUCGCUACCUCACGCUGGCCAGCAACAAGUCCUCAUGCGACCAUCUCACAGAGGAUGAUCUGCUGAACUGCGCAGAGCUACUGCAAGUGUGCACGCAGCACUUCCACAACCUGGAACUGGAGUGCAUUGAAGAGGAAGGCACGUGCCAACUGGCGCCUAUGAGGUGCACCAGGAACUCCAUUGUCCAUGGACUGAUGAACUUAAUUUUCGAUAUAGGAUUUCUACCUCCAAACUCCAGUGAGCAAAGCAAGCAUACACUCAAGUACAUCCAGAUCAUACUUCCUAUCGCCAAAAGUACAAAGAGCUAUGAUUUUUUCAACCAAAUCAACACGCUACCACACGCUAGAUAUAAGGAGAUUAAAAUAGUCGCCAUGGAUUUGGGCCUGGAUGACUACAUUUUUGACAAGAUCCUCGUACGAGACUCGAUUCGAAUUUCAAUUUUAGUCACGAUUUUGUUACUGGUCAUAUUGCUUAUUUUCAUUCGCUCCCUGCUGAUGAUCUUUUUCGGCCUGCUGAACAUUUUCUUCAGUCUGGCGAUCAGCUACUGGAUUUACUGCGAGACUCUUGGCGCUGAACGGUUUCCUUUCCUCAAUCUAAUGGCUGCUCUUCUCUUGCUAGCUAUCGGGACAGACGACCUGCUAUUCAUCUCGCACAGCUGGCAAGACCACUGCGAUCUCAAGAUCAGGGACAAGCUAUUUAGCCUGAUGCCGCUCUGGUUUUCCGUCACAGCCACAUCGGUUACCACCGCGGCCGCCAUGUUUUCUGCCAAACUCAGUUCUGUCACGUCCAUCGCUCUCUUCAGUAUAUUUGCUGGAUCUACAAUAAUCAUCCACUGGAUGAUGACCAUGUUCUGGAUGAUACCGUCGGUGAUUUUGUCGGAAAUGCUCCUCAAAAUAUUCAGUAUUCAAAAAUCCAUCAAGUUUCCAUGUUCGGAAAAAUUUUGCGGUGGCUGUCAGAAGUUCAUCUGCGCUCUAAAGACAGCUAUUGUGUGGGUCAUAACCAGAACGGCAUUUAUCUGCAUUAUUUUCAUGAUUUUGACGGCAGCUGCUUCGUCCUAUGUCCUUUUGAUCCACCCUCGGCUGCAGGCGCCCAACUCCAAAACGUUCCCGCUUUUUGGACCAAACCACCCCUUUGAAAGGUAUCAAGCGGAUUUCACAGAGAGUUUCUGGUUCGAGAGGCGAGAAAAGUCGUCCAGAGACAUUCUGCCUCUGACCUGGGUUUGGGGUUUGAAGCCCAUCGACUCUAGAGACAUCCUCAACCCAAGUUCAAGACCUAAUGGUUCCUCACUGGUUUUUGACCGCACUUUUGAUAUUACGAAACCAAAAGCCCAGCAAUUUCUGCUCCGUUUUUGCCGACAACUGAAAAAACAGCCAUUCUACAAGUCGGUGAUCGGCCCGCUGCUGCAGAACUGCUUCCUCGAGUCGCUUAUCACCUACAUGAACCGCAAAUGCCACGACCCGUUUAGCGACCAUGACCGCAAACCCUGUUGCGGCACCUCCAAGUUUCCGUUCGCACCGAAAACGUUCUCCAUCUGUCUGGAGAGGGCCAUGAAGGACCUGCACAGUACGCCAGCUCAGUUUUUCAUGCCAUCCUUGGCUGGACCCAAGUUUGACAUGCGCCACCAAGGCAAUUUGUCCGUGCCGAAAGCUGUCGUUGUCCAAUACGACUCGUCCAGGGAGUUUUCCCAGUCUUUUCAGCAGAUGGAUGAUUUUUUCCAAGAGGUUGAAGUGUGGACGGUUAAAAUGAUGAAAACGGCGCCGCUGUCUAUGAAAAACGGCUUCUUCACGUCAGACCUGAAGUUCUACGACCUGCAGAGCGCCCUGAUGACUGAGUCAGUAACCUCAGUGAUCGUAGCGGCCAGCAUCUGUGCCAUGAUCUUGUACCUGUCGACAUUCAACUUGGUGGUGACGCUGCUGGCCGCGUUCUCCGUCUACACAAUUCUGGCGUCGUCGCUGGCCACCCUAGCGCUGCUGGGCUGGCGGCUCAACAUCCUCGAGUCGCUGGCCGUGACCAUGGCGGCCGGACUGAGCGUUGACUUCGUGCUGCACUAUGCCAUCAAGUACAACGGCCACCUGGAACGCGAGCAGCGCAUCAAGCACCUCGUCUUCAAGAACAUCUCGCCCAUGUUCGGCGCCGCGCUCACAGCCCUUGUCACCGGCCUCAUGUUGCUGACCAGCGAGCUGCUGGCCCUCAACCAGAUCGGUACCUUCAUCCUCGACCUCACGCUCCACUCCAUCUUCGUCGCCAACUUCGGCUUCCUGCCGCUGCUCUACAAGUUCGGCCCCGGCUACAAGACUGACUUGGAGUUUUGCCAGAAGCUCUUGUUCACAGCCACAGAGUUUCAGGAUGAGACCAACGUCACCAGUCAGGCUCCGCUCUCUGAAUCCAACUCCGUCACCUUGACUGGUUUAGCGCCAAUGGUCCCAGAGCUGCACGAACUGGAGAACAUGUCUCCGACAUUUUUGGAGGACCCCACUCAGCGAGAUCACAUUUUUGACACCAUGCUUGCUGGUUCUAAUGCCCCCAGUUGUCUGGACAAAAAGGCGUCGUCAGUGAUGAAGAAAACAAACUGCACGACCCUGGAGCCUCUUCUCCAGGAGCGUCACUGAACUUAGCCCUUUCGUACUACUCGUCUUCGCACAAAAAUCUCAAUUUUAGCAACCACCUAGCUCUACUUGCUACUUGAGGUCAGAACUCAUCAGUGUUAAGGUCUCUGUACUUCCAUGUCAAUUAUUUGCUGUUCUAUAAUGUCAGGGCCCUACGGUUGAUCUCACGACACUCCUCUUAGCUUUUAAGAAGCCGUCCGUGGCAACUGUUGGCAUCAGUGUUUGGUGUCUUUUCUCUCUGUCUUUCUCUCAACGUAGUAUUGACUCUUGAUCAUGUCAAUCGAUGUUAGCAUUCCUGUGCUGAGAGAUAUUAAAAGUAACACUUUUUGCUCAUUUCCACAUUCCAUAUUGCUGGCCAAAUGUAUUUAUGUUUAAGCGAUACAUUGCAUUUUUAUCGUUUGCAUGGAGAAGACUCGUUUCCAGUGCAGUCAAAGACUGCUUUUUAUUUAUUAUCAAUUUGCUACCAUACGUACUUAUUAAAGCUCAAAUGUUAACUAUGGUUGUGAUAUAUACGAUAAGACCGGAUAAGACAAAUUACAAUAUUUUGUUGCCGAAUAAACUGAUUAGGAAAAAUUUUAAGCCAUUUUUCCACAUUGAAAGAUUCGAACAAUGACCUGAACUUGUGGCAAAUGUGUAAACUAUAAACUACUUGUAAUCAAUGUCGAGAUUUACUGCAGCUAUUUAACGUGUAUGGACAACAACAAACUGCUGCUUGGUUUAAAAAAGAGUUGUCUCAAUAUGACGUGUUGUAAUGAUAAGCGGAAAUAAAAUCAAUUUAAAACAUAA